GCGACGAGCCCACCUGAUACAGGUUGUAUAGAGGGAUGGACCUGAGGGUUUAACCUUUCAGUAGUUCUUGGAGUGGUCUCCUUUUGGUCCUUGCUCAUCCUUAUUGGUGACUGAGGAGGCUGGAAAGGCCACCCACCAGAGCUGUGUGGUAUGUAUGGGAGCCCGUCCACUCCUACGCAUUGUACCGGCUACCCUACCUGACGUAUGUCUUCUUCCUGUUAUGAAACAUGACAACCCAACUGCCAACUGCUCCGUAUGGGACAAGUUUUACCCUAUUGUUAAAAGUACUAGAAAGGGCCCCGAUGUUUUCUUCUCGGGUUGCCAGGGCUAAUUUCACUUGUAUAAAUAUGUCCCUUGGCCCUCCAAUGCUGGGAGCAUUACCUUAUGAAUGGUGCAAUAACACCCAUAAUCCUAAUGCCCCUUUCCAACCUGUGUCUAGAGCUGAUGUCUGGUGGUGGUGUGGAGGAAAUCAUCUAUAUGACCGCCUGCCAGGGAAUGCCACUGGUCUUUGUGCUCUUGUCUCUCUGCUUCUUCCUGUUUCAGUGUAUCCUAUGGAAGUAAAGGACCUGAUGGCCCGUGUAGAGAGGGACGGGGAUUUAUCCCGGUCCAAAAGAUCAACAGGAGUGGAUCCUGGAGACCCCACCUAUAUUGACGCCAUAGGAGUCCCUAGGGGGGUGCCAGAUAAGUAUAAACUCGUAGACCAGGUUGCAGCGGGUUUUGAAUCAUCAUUUUGCUGGUGGUGUACAGUUAAUAAAAAUGUGGACCGAAUCAAUUACAUUAAUUUUAAUGUCCAGAAACUGGACAAUUGGACUCAACAAGGCUUCGAGGCGGUCCAUGGCCAAUUGGAAGCUACUUCCCUGAUGGCAUUCCAAAAUAGAAUCGCGGUGGAUAUGUUGUUGGCUGAACGCGGAGGUGUUUGUGCCAUGUUCGGAGAGCAAUGUUGUACUUUCAUUCCCAAUAACACAGCAACUGAUGGUAGUCUUACUGUUGCCUUAGAAGGUCUUCGUACACUUAAUGAGAAGAUGAAGCACCACUCCGGGGUUGACACCUCUAUGUGGGACUCUUGGAUGGAUGCGUUUGGGAAAUAUAAGAUGCUUGUUUCCUCCAUACUGGUAUCUAUAUCUGUCUUCACUGCGAUACUGGUGCUUUGUGGAUGCUGCUGCAUUCCAUGUAUUCGAACGCUGACCACUAGGAUCAUAACUACUGCUAUUGAUCCCAACCAGGCAGAGAAGGGACAGAUGUUUCCUAUGCUUGCCCUGGAGGAUGCUGAGCCAGGCUAUUGGACUGAUGACUAAUUAAACGCCAUUCAUAGUUUAUGUCACGUCUCUUUGGAGA